CAUUGCCACUCGUUCUUCUCUUGUUCGUCGUCUUCAUCAUCGUCACUGCGAUGAGUCCCCAUCCCAAAACCAAUCACAUCCUUAAACAAACCAAUUAAACAACAUUAACAACUAAUUAACCCCCAUUUUCCCGUCACGCAGCAGCUCUCGCUCGCAGGCCAGUAAUGGCGACGACAGCGCUAGCAGCAUCGUUGUCGCUGUCGUUUAAGACGGCGUGCAUGCUGAGGUCGACGGGCUCCUCCAAAAUGACAUCGAAGGGCAAGCGUGCGAGGCAGGGGCGAGCUCUGGGGGACUUCGGGCACUUGGGUCAGGUGGUUCGCAAGGACGUGGAGUUUCUGAAGCGGGGGAUUGGGAGUGGGAUUCAGUGGGCUAAUAAGGCUUUUCGAAUUCCAGAGGUUUCCAAAACCCUAGAUGACAUCGUGUGGCUUCGCAACCUCGAAGACCCCAAUGCGCCUCCAUUGCCAGCUCCUUCUUGGCCUCAACCUUCCUAUCCAGAACUCUCUGGUGUUGAUUUGUUCAUGGCUGAUCUCAAGGCUUUUGAGGCAUAUGCUCUAUACUUUUAUUAUCUGUCUAAGGUUUGGUCUAAGCCACUUCCUGAAGUCUAUGAUCCAGAAAGUGUUGGUGAUUAUUUCAGGUGCAGGCCCCAUGUAGUGGCCUUCAGACUUCUUGAGGUAUUUUCCUCCUUUGCUUCUGCUGCAAUCAGAAUUCGGACCUCUGGGAUAAAGAAGUUCUUAAGACCAAGUUUGGAUGAGGGAAUUAAUGAGAAUGUAUCACAAUACAAUUUUGGAAUGGUGUUAAAAGAAACUAUGCUAAACCUGGGUCCCACUUUUAUCAAAGUUGGUCAGUCCCUUUCCACCAGGCCAGACAUUAUUGGUGCUGAAAUUUCCAAGGCAUUGUCUGAGCUGCAUGAUCAAAUUCCUCCAUUUUCCAGGGAUGUGGCUAUGAAAAUUAUCGAAGAAGAAUUAGGAUCUCCUGUAGAGUCAUUAUUUAGCUACAUUUCUGGGGAACCCGAGGCUGCAGCAUCUUUUGGUCAGGUCUACCGUGGGCAUACUCUUGAUGGAUUUAAUGUUGCUAUUAAAGUUCAACGGCCUAACUUGCGUCAUAUUGUAGUGCGCGAUAUAUAUAUUCUUCGCCUAGGGCUUGGGAUAUUGCAAAAGAUAGCGAAGAGAAAAGGUGACCUACGCCUGUAUGCUGAUGAGCUUGGGAAAGGUUUAGUUGGAGAGUUGGAUUACACUUUAGAGGCUUCAAAUUCUUCCAAGUUUAUGGAAGCUCAUUCCUCCUUUCCCUUCAUGUUUGUGCCAAAAAUAUUUCAACAAUUAAGUCGUAAGAGAGUUCUGACAAUGGAGUGGAUUGUUGGUGAGAGUCCAACUGAUUUACUCUCUGUAUCUGCUGGAAGCUCUAUUGAUAAUGGCUCUACUUAUUCAGAGAGGCAAAGACUUGAUGCCAAGAGACGUCUGCUUGAUCUGGUUAAGAAAGGAGUGGAGGCAUGCUUAGUUCAGCUCCUCGAAACAGGCUUAUUGCAUGCUGAUCCACAUCCUGGAAACCUGCGUUACACAUCCUCAGGACAAAUCGGGUUUUUGGAUUUUGGCUUGCUUUGUCAGAUGGAAAAAAAGCAUCAAUUUGCUAUGCUUGCAUCCAUUGUGCACAUAGUAAAUGGAGAUUGGGCAUCCCUUGUUAAUUCCUUGACCGAAAUGGAUGUCAUAAGGCCAGGGACUAAUAUCAGGCGUGUAACUAUGGAUCUAGAAUAUGAGCUGGGAGAAGUAGAAUUUAGAGAUGGAAUUCCUGAUGUGAAGUUCAGCAGGGUUCUGGGUAAAAUCUGGUCCAUAGCCUUCAAGUAUCAUUUUCGCAUGCCACCGUACUAUUCACUUGUUCUACGUUCUCUUGCUUCCUUCGAAGGAUUAGCUGUAGCUGCAGAUAAAAACUUUAAAACAUUUGAAGCUGCAUACCCUUAUGUUGUUCGGAAACUUCUUACUGAAAAUUCAGCUGCAACGAGGAAAAUUUUACAUUCGGUGGUUUUUAACAAAAAGAAGGAGUUCCAGUGGCAGAGGCUUGCUCUUUUCUUAAAAGUAGGCGCAACCAGGAAAGGUUUGCAUGGGAUGAUAGCAUCAAAAGCUGAUUCUUCCCUUGGCUAUUUACCACUAAGGGACUGUGGUGCAGUUGAUGUUGCAAACUUGGUCUUGAGGCUUUUACCAUCCAAAGAGGGUGUUGUGCUCAGAAGACUGUUGAUGACUGCAGAUGGAGCUUCAUUGGUCCAAGCAAUGGUAUCCAAGGAGGCAAAGUUCUUCCGCCAGCAAUUUUGCAGUGUCAUUGCAGACAUUCUAUAUCAAUGGAUGUUUACAGCAUUUGGGCGGGGCAUUGCAACAACUCGGUAUAGUUCUGAUCUGAGAUUGGCAAGUGCGCAUGACAACAGAGAUCUAGAACCAUCUUCCAGAACUCCCAUUUAUGAUUACCGUACCAUCUUCAGAGAUCGUCGGCUCAAAGUGAUUUUCUCAAAUGUACUAAACUCUGCGAGGAAAAAUCCAAUUUUGAUGCUGAGGUUCUACUGGACUUCAUUUGUUAUGUUUACCACAGCUUUAGCUUUGGCUUGCCAUCGUGCUUUAGUAUCCUUCUCUGAAGCUUACUUGAGCCCCAUAUCUUUUGCUCGAAAGCAAUAUGCGAUCCCAUGAUGCUCAUAUUCAACUCCCAUAGAGCUUUUUUUGGGAGAAGCUAAGAGUGCAGGCUUCCACUUGCAGUGUUCUUUGGAGCAACUGAUAGGAGGAUAAGAGGGAUAUUGGUAUUUUCACUGCUUGAGUUGGAUUAAGGUGUUAAGGCCGCACCAGGCUUAGUACUUGCAUUGAACUCAGGAUCCUAUGCAAAGCUAUCAUUUCUUCAAUCACCAUUUGUACUU